AUGGCGACCGCCACAGCAGGUGAGCCGACGGCCACGAGCCAACCCUCACCGCUCGCGCCGGGUUCGCGGUCCCCGGCGUCUUGGGCCGCGUUUCCCAUUUUUCGGGCCGUUGGUUAUUUUUUCUUUCGCCAAAGGCCGAAAUUUCUGUUGGCGCUGACCUUCACGCUGACCUGCCAUUCCCAAUCCCCGCAUCCCAGGCUCGCCCCGCGCCUCGGCGCAGGUCGCGUCGCCCGUCGAGAGCAGUCCCGGCGACCAGGCCAACUUCGACUCCUCCCCUGUCGGGGGCCUGCCCGAAGAGCCCGUCAAGAGCUCGGUCAGCCCGCAGCCGAGCCCUUCUUGGAGGGAGCCCUCCGGGGCCCAGCCGUCCCCGGCGCCUCCCGCGGACAUCUCGGUCGACUUGAACGGCAACGGCCCGACCCCUCCCACCUCCCCUGGCGGUAA